GCACGAUGCCCGCUCCUGGGCUCGCGCCUCGGGUGUUUGGCUUUUUGGUCGACCGUCGCAGUGGUCGACAAAGCAUGAUAUUCCACGAAAACUACUAAAAGAGCGCCAAGCCGGUCGGCCGAUCUUGACGACAAUCACCAGGUGCUGUGGAUUGAGACCUAACCCCUAUCUGACAAUUUGCCAGGCGCCUGCUUCGUAAGCUAGGCGAGCCCCUUGGACGCUCGACGGUCACACAAAAACACACAGCACAGCCCGCCCGCCGCAAUGGCCGACAAGAACGGCGCGCCCGCCGCCGGCGCCGGGCAGACGGAGCCCGUCAUCAUCGUGGGCGGCGGCCUGGCCGGGCUGGUGGCGGCCUUUGAGCUGUCGCAGCGCGGCGUGCGCACCCUCAUCCUGGACCAGGAGCCGCGCGCGUCGCUGGGCGGGCAGGCCUUCUGGUCGCUGGGCGGCCUCUUCGUCGUCGACUCGGCCGCCCAGCGCCGCAUGGGCAUCCGCGACAGCAAGGCGCUGGCCAUGCGCGACUGGAUGGGCAGCGCCGGCUUCGACCGCGAGCGCGAGGACCACUGGCCGCGCCGCUGGGCCGAGGCCUUUGUCAACUUUGCCGCCGACGAGAUGGAGGACUACGUCAAGGCCCGCGGCAUCGGCUUCCUCAUCAACGUCGGCUGGGCCGAGCGCGGCGACGGCCGCUCCGACGGCCACGGCAACUCGGUCCCGCGCUUCCACGUCACCUGGGGCACCGGCCCCGAGGUCGUCCGCCGCUUCGCCGACCCGGUCCAGGAGGCCGAGAAGAAGGGCAUAGUCGAGUUCAGGUUCCGCCACCGCGUCGACGAGAUCGUCGUCGACGACAAGGGCCGCGCCGUCGGCGUCAAGGGCAAGGUGCUCGAGGACGACGACGUGCCGCGCGGCGUGCGGUCGUCGCGCACCGUCGUCGGCGACUUUGACAUCCGCGGCGCCUCCGUCCUGGUCUCGUCGGGCGGCAUCGGCGGCAACGUCGACGCCGUCAAGGCCGCCUGGCCCGUCGACAGGCUCGGCCCCAAGGUCCCCGAGCACUUCGUCAUCGGCGUCCCGCACCACGUCGACGGCCGCAUGAUCGGCAUCGCCGAAGGCGCCGGCGCCAACGUCGUCAACCGCGACCGCAUGUGGCACUACACCGAGGGCCUGGCCAACUGGAACCCCAUCUGGCCGUCGCACGGCAUCCGCGUGCUGCCGGCCCCGUCGUCGCUCUGGCUCGACGCCACGGGCAAGCGCCUGCCGCCCUUCCUGUACCCUGGCAGCGACACCCUCGCCACGCUCAAGCACAUCUGCUCCACGGGCUACGACUACACGUGGUUCAUACUAACCCAGUCCAUCAUCGCGCGCGAGUUCGCCCUGUCCGGGUCGGAGCAGAACCCGGACCUGACCAACAAGUCCAUCUGGCAGGUCCUGACGCAGCGCGUCUUCGGCUCCAAGGGCACCAUCCCGGUCCAGAACUUCCAGAAGCACGGCGAGGACUUUGUCGUGCGCGACAGCCUCGAGGAGCUGGUCGAGGGCAUGAACGCGCUCGCGGCCGAGCGGGGCGGGCCCCGGCUGGACGCGGCCGCGGUGCGCGACGUGGUCGAGGCGCGCGACGCCCAGUUCGACAACCCCUACAGCAAGGACGCCCAGGCCAUGCUCAUCAACAACGGCCGCCUCUACGCGCCCGACAAGCGCAGCCGCGUCGCCGCCCCGCACCGCCUGCUGGACCCCAAGCACGGGCCCCUCAUCGCCGUGCGCAUGAACCUCCUCACCCGCAAGACCCUCGGCGGCAUCGAGACAGACCUGUCGAGCAACGUCAUGAUGCCCGACGGCUCCAGGUUCCCGGGCCUCUACGCCGCCGGCGAGGCCGCCGGCUUCGGCGGCGGCGGCGUCCACGGCUACAACUCGCUCGAGGGCACCUUCCUCGGCGGCUGCAUCUUCUCGGGCCGCGCCGCCGGCCGCGCCAUGGCGGACGAGGUGCUGGGGAACGAAGGGGGUGAUUCGGGGUCCGGGGAGCCGGCCAUGAGGUCGCGGAUCUAGCGGAUGCUUUUGCAAAAGUCCCUUUUGGGGAUUGGGUGCGGUAUAAAUGCAUUUGUUCGCAUCUUGAUGUCAUUAAUGGUCUGGAUAUUUACCGGUACUUUGGAGUUUUGCGGAAGGGCGGCUUGCGACGCUAGGAGGCCUGUCAAUAUGAUCAACUUUUUGCAGUGAUUGUGGGGCACUGGAAGUCAGUCCAUG